GCGGCAGAGGAGAUGGCGUACAUGCCGGUGUGCGUGCAGUGCGGGACGCAUAGCAACCCGUGCAGGUGCAAGGUGCUCGGCCCGACGCUGGGCUUCGUGGCCUUCGUGGUGGCCGGGGCCGUGGAGUGGCCGCUCGGCGCGCUGGUGUACCUGUUCCGCCACCGCAAGGGUCGCCGCAUCAUGUCGCACCCGGCCAACGUCGUCUACCCACGGAUCACCAGCGCGAUCCCCAUCUAAUCGACCGGCGUCCGCUCAACAAAACAGAGAUAAUCUACCCGACCGGCGCGUUAACCGGCCGAGAUGUACGAUAAUUAAGUGCGUGCUUUUAUCGUUUUCGACAUGUUCAAUAAACCCGUGGUUUCAUGCAUGCUGUAACUUGUAAGGAUCGCCGUGGAUGUAUGUACGUAUUAUUAACGUAUUUGUCAUCAAUGUAAAUGUGUUUGGAGGCAGCUCAGGCAGGGAGGUCGUGGCGAGUGUGACUGUGUUGAGAAUUGUAUUCGGCCUGUGGAUUUGUUUCUGAUACGGUAGAUAACUGGAAGACCAAAUAACAGUAAGGCCACCAUACGGCCCAAACCAUUGGCCGG